AUGAAGCUCGCUCUGAUCGCCCUCUUCGCCGCCCUGUUUGUCUGCGCCGUGUUCGCCUCCGAAGAGGCCAAGCCGGCCAAGUCGUCCGAGUCCAGCGAAAGCAAAGAAACCGCCGAAACGAAAUCGUCGGUCAUCGAGGGAAGCGGCGAAAAGGUGGACGCCGAGAUCCUGACAGCGGCCAAGGUGGAAACAGUCGAGGGAUCUGGUGCUGCCCCGGAAGCCCCGGUCGAGACCCUGAAGACCCUCCGACUCAUC